ACGCUUUCGUAUUUGGGAAUUUGCAUAUUCUCUCUCCCUCGCUCUCUUAUAAAGCUUCGUCGCCGCCGUCGUGUCUGGUUGCUUCGAUUCGCCGGUAAGUAUUCCGAUCUUAGCUACAACGUGCCGGGAAGAGCGUAAAUUUAUCCUAAAGUCUUCAAUUCUUAGGGGUUUCGCUUCUUCGCUGUCUGUAUCUGUUGUGUAUUAGAGUUUUUCAAUCUAUUCGAGAAAAAGGAAAAAAAAAAUUAGGGAAAAAAGUUUCCAUUGAUUUUUAUAUCUUUUGAUUAGUUUUUACCAGAUCUGCUUUUGAGUUUUCAAAUAACUCGAUUUUUCAUCGAGCUAGGGUUUGUUGGGUUUGCUGAUUUUAUUGUGAAAUUAGGGUUAGGGUUUAUAGGUGAAUUUAGGGUUUCAUUUGAUACGGACGUUUACAUGGCUGCUGGAAGACAUGGUGGUUACAGGGAUAAUGAAUUUAGGGGGCGUGAGGCUGAGUUUGAGGUUUCACGGAGGGAGCUUGGUUACUCCAAGGGCGAUUACGAAAGAAUUAGGUCUGAGGAUCGGGAUUUUGAUAGGGAUAGAGGUCAUGACAGGGGUGGUCGAGAUAGGGGUAGGUUGAGACAGAAGGAUGUAAAGGAAAGGGAUAUGAUAAAUGGGAGUUUUAGGUCCAUGUCAAGCAGGAGUGAUUCUGGUAGCAGUGAUGGUGAUGGUGGUGGAGUGAGGAGAAGUGGUGGGCUUAGUGUCAGAGCUGUUGACCGAGAGCCUAUAAAAGAAAGGGAUAUGAUGAAUGGCAGUUAUAGGUCCGGUUCAAGCAGGAGUGAUUCUGGUAGUAGUGAUGGUGAUGCUGGUGGAAUGAGGAGAAGUGGGCUUAGAGUCGGGGCUAUUGACCGAGAGCCUGGGGAAUUGUCUAGCGAGAGUGGGUCUGAUGGGGCUAUUGAGUCAGACCAGAAGACCAAGUAUGCUGCCAAUGGGAAUCAGUCUUCUGUACAGAGCAAGAAACGGAAAUAUUCUCCAAUUAUAUGGGAUAGGGAAGAUAAGGAAGUGAAUAGAAUGUCAAAGAGUAGAAAUUCACCAGUAGCUGCUAAGCUACCUCCUCCGCCUCCAUUGCCAAAGUCAUCUGGCCAGUUGGCUAAUUUCCCCUCGGAAAGGGUUGAGCAGGUCUCUCUGUUGAACACUAAUAAUGUUCACAUUAUAGAGCCAUCCCCAAGUAAUACAAAUACAGCACUUGGUUUACUUAUGGAUGCAUCUCAUGAAUCCCCAGUUGACAUAUGUUCUCCACCUGUUGAUGAGAAGCAAUUGCCCAGUCAGGAAGCCAGGAAAGUAGAAGAUGAGGAAUAUGUGCCCGUGCCGACUAUAAGAUCAUCUCGAUGGGCAACUGAUGCUGACUCUCCAGCUGAUGAAGGUGAGAUUUCAGGUGAUGAUAUGCUCCUACUGAAGAAGCGACGAGCAGUUCCCCACUUGGCCGAAAUCGGUGGACGCAGGAAAUCACUAACUCCUGAAUAUGAGGAGCUCAAGAGAGAAAGCUCUGGAGGAAAUAGAACGAGGUCUUCAGACUCUGAUGAACAUAUUAGGUCUUGCAGCAGAGAGAGUUACCAGGGCAAUGAAUUAGAUAAGAAUGGCCCAAUGGAUGUGGAUAAGGACCGCAAUUAUGAUGGGGCUAGUGUUAGCCAGUCAGAUACAGAAUCUGAAGAUGAACAUGAUUCUCGUGGUACACCGGAGGCUGCGCUUCCUCCACAAAGGAGCGUAAACAUGCUGCAGGGGUGUAGAAGUGUCGAUGAAUUCGAGCGGCUUAACAGGAUAGAUGAAGGCACUUAUGGGGUUGUUUAUCGAGCUAAAGAUAAGAAGACGGGAGAAAUUGUUGCACUAAAGAAGGUUAAGAUGGAGAAGGAACGAGAAGGAUUCCCCCUAACAUCUCUCAGGGAGAUUAACAUUCUUCUUUCUCUUCAUCACCCCUCAAUUGUAGAUGUCAAAGAAGUAGUUGUUGGAAGCAGUCUUGACAGUAUUUUUAUGGUGAUGGAGUACAUGGAACAUGAUCUGAAGGCAUUGAUGGAGACAAUGAAAAAACCAUUUACCCAAAGUGAAGUCAAAUGUCUUAUGCUCCAGCUUUUGCAUGGUGUCAAGUAUCUUCAUGAUAAUUGGGUCCUUCACCGAGAUUUGAAGACUUCAAAUUUGCUUCUGAACAACCAAGGUGAGUUGAAGAUUUGUGACUUUGGUUUAGCUCGUCAAUAUGGGAGCCCCUUGAAACCAUACACUCAUUUGGUGGUUACUUUGUGGUACAGGGCGCCAGAACUUCUGUUGGGAGCCAAGCAAUAUUCUACUGCAAUUGACAUGUGGUCACUGGGUUGUAUUAUGGCCGAGAUGCUAUGCAAAGAACCACUCUUCAAUGGGAAAACAGAAGUUGAUCAAAUUGACAAGAUAUUCAGAAUUCUUGGCACCCCUAAUGAGAUGAUUUGGCCAGGGUUUUCCAAGCUUCCUGGGGUGAAGGUCAACUUUGUAAAGCAUCAGUUUAAUAAUUUAAGAAAUAAAUUUCAAAGCCCUACAACAUCUUACAUGGGAAAACCAGACCUAUCAGAGUCUGGCCUUGACCUGUUGAAUAAGCUUUUGACUUAUGAUCCUGCGAAGAGGAUAUCUGCCGAUGCUGCUUUGAACCAUGAGUGGUUUCGUGAAGUUCCUCUCCCCAAGUCUAAAGAAUUCAUGCCUACUUUCCCUGCACAGCAUGCACAAGAUAGGCGUGUGCGAAGAGUAAUGAAGAGUCCAGAUCCUCUUGAGGAGCAGCGAAGAAAGGAACUGAAGCAAGGGGUGUUGGGAACUGGUGGAUUGUUUGGCUAAGAUAAGUGAAUAGUGCUCAGUAACUGUUUGAGUUUUGCUUUCUGUAAUACUCAUGGGUUGACGUGGUUUGAGGCUAGAGCAAUGCACUUAUAGGAAGUUGCAAAAAUUGUUUGCUAGACGAUCAGUUCAGCUGUUUUUUAGCAGGCUUAUCUGACAAUUAGAUCAAGAAACAAUUCUUUUGGCUAUGCGUUAUCAGAUCUGUUGCAGGUUGACCUACUUGGCUCUGGUGUCUUGUCAAAAUCUCUGGGCCUGCUUGCAUGGCAUGGGUGGCAUAGUGAGCUUACCUGUUAAGGAACAGUUUCAAUUGAAACUCGUGUGUGUAACAUAUUACCCAUUGGCAGUGUAAACAAUGAUCUUGAAAUUGAUUUUGUUAAAACAUAUGGAUUGGUUUCGUAUUUCUAGUAUGCCGAUUUUAAUUUUCAUAUUCUGUUUGCAAGAAAUGGUGGUGUAAAGCUGAUGGGGAAUUCUUAGCUUUUUCAUUGAUGAAGAAUUUCAAUGAAACUAUAGCACAUAUGAAGGUAAUUAUUGGACCUGAAUACAUGGAUUGUAAUCAAGGAUGACAUAUAUGCUUUCCCGUCAACAUUGAAUGUUUUACUGCUCUCCAUGUUCUCAGCUUUGACUCCUGAUUAUUAUGUACUUCCAUGCUUUUCUUCUGGCCCUUUCCAUCUGCAUGGGCUGCUUGCGCAUCAUUGUCUGUAUCACAAUGGGUUAGGGCACAUGAAUAUCACAUGGGGAUUAGGACACGUAAAUAUUACAUGGGGAUUAGGGCACAUAAAUAUCACAUGGUCCAUUGUUUUUUGGGACAACCCUUAGUAGUGAAUUACUACAUAUUUCUGUACACGUCUUAGUGAUGUCAUUCAAAUGUGAUGUGAAGUCAUGAUGACAUUUUCGAAGUCGCUUAAAGGUUAUAUGGUGAUAUUAUGAAUAAGCUGCACGAUUAUUUUUUUAUAUGUAUGAUUUGUUUCAGAAUCAUCUCAUGUUUUAGGGACCAACUACAGUUACCUCUCUUAUCUACAUGGGGUUCUGAAGUUACUGCUAGGUGGAAUGCUGAUAAUGGAAGUUAACCAUGGAUGACAUUAUUACAUAAGAUUUUGGUUUAAGUUGUUUCUUUCAAUAUGCUGUACUUAGGCUGAAAGACCAACCAUUUUCUUUGGCUGAAAGCGUUACCCGCUUUCUUUUAAACAAAGUUUUGUCAAGCAAGAUGAAACAAGGCCUGAUCUUGAAAGUACUAAUGACUUUGUUACAUGAAAUUUAUUUUAUAUUUUCUCCGUUUGGAAGGAAAUGUCGAUUCAUUUUUCUUGCUACGACACUAUCUAAAUAGCGAGUUCAUUCCUUGAAGCAUUUGUUUUCCUUUAGCAUGAUUCCAUAUAUAGGUAGUGCCUUGUAUGUUGCUUCCAUUCUUUGUUUCUUUGACUUUUGUAUUACGAUUUAUUCUAUUUCAUUUUUGAGAACAUGGAAAUCCAUAUUCCUUCUGGCUUGCAUGCCAGGCAACGGGUCUACAUUUUUGGUUUCUUUUGUAUUUUAUGUUGGGAAAUAUUUCAGUUUUUGAUGUAGAAUUAAAAUCUAUAAAUGUCACUGCAGUAUCAAGGAAAGCAGGUUGAGGAGCUUAUCUACAACCUGGCAUACAUAGAAUUUCAAAUUUAUUUUCCAUACUUCAGAUAUCGUAUUCUCUGCUCAAGCCAGUAAAGGUACUUACUGCCUCAUCUGCUAGAGAUGUACAAAUUUUAAGUUUUGAUAUCUUUUGCAUUCUUUUUUAGAUGGGGGAUUCUUAUUUUGAGCCUAUAAUUGGUCUGGCUGCAUUGAUUUUUGAUACUUCCUUUCAAAUCUUCUGUAUGUGGAAAGAUGACAAAUUGUUUUGCUGUUACCAUCUUCCUCUUACAUUCUUUAAGAGGCAAACUGGGUAUUUCUUGGUUUGUUGCAACAUGGAUUUCUGUAAGUUGAUUAAUACCAGGAGGAGCUAAGUGUUAUAUCUCCACCCCUGUUGAUUAAUUUUUAUUUUGUGUUCUGGUGGCAUUAUAAACCCUAUUUGGUUUGUAAUCCAAACUGCAAAGCUGUCAUUCUUUCAACUGUCCCUCUGCAAAAGAGAUGUAUAAACUCUUGGCCUUGAAUCUUUGCAACUGGGAGAAGUCUUGACAUUUUCAUUUGUUUAAUUUUAGUAACUUGCAUUGAGUCUUGAAAUUUCACUUAGCGACUCUUCUCUUUCUUGUAAUGAUAUUUAUUUUUGAUGGAGGGUGUGGUGAAGACCCUGAUUGUGACACUCAACUUUUUUUUAAAACCAUAACCCCCACCCACUCCCUCGAAUUGUUCAGACCAGAAAGAGCAGGUGAACCUGGUUGCAAAUGCCUUCCAGAAGGGGCUGGAAAUAGAAGAGUAAAGGCUUGUAACCACGUUUGGUCAUAUUUUUUCCUAUGAAUUGGGGUUUGAGGCAGGAACAUUAGAUUCAUAAGCCUGGAAGCUCAUCUACUAGCAGCAGGGAAGUGGGUGGGACAUAUUUCAAGGAAAUAGAUCUGUAACCAGUCCAGACUAGGGAUAAAUUGAUAGUUUUGUAGCUACUUGAAGUGAUUCUGUUAUUCUGGAAUGUUUUAAGGGCUAUGAAAUGGGAGAUGGAUGUUCAACAGUGGUGCUUGAAAGACAUGCAAAUAAAUAGCAGUUAAAAUAUUUUACUGGGUACUGUUACACUUGGUCUUUGAUAGUCAUCUCUACUUGAUUUUGUGGAGGUUCUUUCUUGCAUGUUUUGGUCACUGUUGUCUGCAGAAGUUCAGAAUUAGAGAAGGAGAAGAAAGGAGAGCUGUAGAGAGGCAAGAUGAAUAUGGCUGAUAGCACACACUCCUUGAAGAGGAAAAAUCGACGGAGUUGGUAUCGAUCAUAAAUGUUGCACCAAGUUAACAGAAUGUAGAACACAUUUGCAGUGUUGUGCUUCAAGUCUCUUUAUGUAGUGGCUGUUGCUGUUGUCAACCCACGCUUCACACUUCUGACCUACUGUUAAGUAAUCCAUAUUUUAUUUAACCAAAACUUGAACCUAUUUCUGCUAGUACCAUCUUGUAAAUUAGGCAGUAAACAUUGAUAACAGAAGCAGUUUAGUCGAGAUGAAGACGACGUUAUCUGUGUGGCAGGUGAAAAAAAACAAAAAACACAUAUUACCUUGAAUUACUCCUUGUGCGUUUUAUGAAGGAGAUGAUGCAUAUGUCUAAAAGAUUAUCAUAUAAAAGAGGGUUUAUGAAGGAGAUGAUGCAUGGCUAGAAGAUUAUCAUAUAAAGGGUAGCAUGGCCAAUGCUGCUUGACAGGUGGAGAAAUGUACAAAGUACACGUAGAAUGGACAUCAUUAUCUUCAAAUGUCAUAUUGAAUUUUUUACGAAUAUCA